AUGGGAGCAAUCCUCCUGCUGUCAGGAAGGGGCACACCUGGGCUAGAGAUCAGCCGUCUCCAUCAGAGCCCAUCUGCUCCUGCGUGCCAGGUUCUCACCCAGUAGGUCCCCCUCUCAACGAGUUCCAGAGAGAUGGAGCAACUCUGGGAUGAUGUCACCUGCUCCAUCUGCCUGGAUGUCUCGAACAAACCCAUCUCCUUCUGCUGGGGCUGCCUCGGGGCUCACUGGCGUGUGGUCUUGGCCCAGGGGUCCCAGUGCCCUACGUGCCGGGCUCCCUGCUCCAGGGACAGGAUAACCCCAGACACGUGGUUGAGAGCCCUGGUGGAGAAAAUCACAGAGUCCUCAUGGGAAGAGAUGGAGGUGCAGGGGCCGGGGGCUCAGCCAGAGCCGGGCCGCCCGGUGCAGCUGGUGCGUCUGGACGAGGAAGGGAACCUGACCCUGGACAAGGAGGCCCUGAGCCGCUGCCUGGAGCAGGGUGGGGUGGGGGACGCCCCCGUCUGCCUGGUGUCCAUCAUCGGGGAGCAGCGCCGGGGCAAAUCCUUCCUGCUGAACUGCCUGCUGCGCCAACUCCAGAGCCCGGAGGCUGUGGAUGCGUCAUGGAUGGACCGAGAAGACGAGAUCCUGGGGGGGUUUGAGUGUUGUAAUGGGAUAGAGACCGUGACGAAGGGGGUAUGGAUGUGGGACCAGCCCCUCUGGGUCCAGGACCAAGGGAGGAGGGUGGCCGUGUUCCUGGUGGACACUGAGGGCUGCCUGGACCUGCAGCGCCCCAUGGAGACCAGCAUCAAGCUCUCCGUGUUCAGCAUAUUGCUCAGCUCCUACUGGAUCUUCAAUAUUUCCAGCACGUUUACGCGGACGGAGGCAGAUUAUUUGGAGAUGUUCAUUCAGGUUGCGAAGGAGGUUGGAGAGACCUGCAAUCUGGCCCCAAUCCAGCACCUGGACCUGUUGGUGCGAGAUUGGCAGCACUCCAGAGCCUACGGCGCAGGCGGGGGGCAGGAGUAUCUCACAGACAUCACACAGAAACUGGAGGCCUCUGCUCAGCAGCCCCUGGUGGUUGGAGCCCUGAGGGAAAGCGGCUCCCGGUGCUACCUACUGCCCCACCCUGGCACAGAGUUCAUCAGGAGCGAGGCAGGGAUGCCAGGCAACAUGGACAAAUAUUUCCGACAGUAUCUGCGGGACUAUGUCAGCACCGUAGAGAGCUCAGCAGGGAUACACGCUCGGACGGACCAAGCCAGGAAGGGGCUGACUGGGGCUCAGCUGGCUGCCAGGAUCAAGGACGUCUCCCAGUACUUGAAGACCAAACGCUACAACUUUUCCUCCCCUGUGAAGAUGGCCGAGGUGUUUGCAGCCAUGAGAGAGGAGAUAAACGGCAGAGCAGUAGAAGCCGCCAGGCAGGAAUAUGAACAAUUUGUGCAGCAGCUGGACCGUGACCACCAGAGCACGAGCAGCUGCCUGAGUGUGAAGCCUGCAGAAAUGCAGCAUCGCCUGGAGGAGAAACGCCAGGAGCUGCUGGAGCGCUGCCGGGGGAAGCUGCGGGGCAAAGACCCCGAGAAACAGGCGGCCCUGGAGGAGCUGAAGCAGGGGCUGGACAGGCUGAUGGCCCAGUUCCUGCCAGGAUAUGAACAGCGCUUUAAAAAGGUGGAGGUAAACAAGAGAGCAGUAGAAGCCACCAGGACGGAAUUUCAACAAUUUGUGAAGCAGCUGGACCGUGACCACCAGAGCAUGCGCAGCUGCCUGAGGGUGAAGCCCCUGGAGAUGCGGCAUCGCCUGGAGGGGAAACGCCAGAAGCUGCUGGAGCGCUGCCGGGGGGAGCUGCUGGGCGAGGAUCCCCAGAAACAGGCUGCCCUGGAGGAGCUGAAGCAGGGGCUGGACGAGCAGACAACCCAGUUCCUGUCAACCUACGAGCAGCGCUUUCAAAUGGCUGUGAUGGAGGAAAACAGAAAAGCAGUAAAAACCGUCAGGGAGGAAUAUGAACAAUUUGUGCAGAAGCAGGACUGUGACCACCAGAGCAGGAGCAGCUGCCUGAGUGUGAAGCCCCCGGAGAUGCGGCAUCGCCUGGAGGGGAAACGCCAGGAGCUGCUGGAGCGCUGCCGGGGGGAGCUGUGGGGCGAGGAUCCCCAGAAACAGGCUGCCCUGGAGGAGCUGAAGCAGGGGCUGGACGAGCAGACGACCCCAUUCCUGUCAACCUACAGGGAGCGCUUUAAAGGGGCUGUGAUGGAGGCAAACAGCAGAGCAGUAGAAGCCGCCAGGCAGGAAUAUGAACAAUUUGUGCAGAAACAGGACCGUGACCACCAGAGCAGGAGCAGCUGCCUGCGUGUGGAGCCCCUGGAGAUGUGGCAUCGCCUGUUGGGGAAAUGCUGGGAGCUGCUGGAGCGCUGCCGGGGCGAGGAUCCCCAGAAACAGGCUGCCCUGGAGGAGCUGAGGCAGGGGCUGGACGAGCAGACGACCCAGUUCCUGUCAACCUACAGGGAGCGCUUUCAAGGGGCUGUGAUGGAGGCAAACAGCAGAGCAGUACAAGCCGCCAGGCAGGAAUAUGAACAAUUUGUGCAGGAGCAGGACCGUGACCACCAGAGCAGGAGCAGCUGCCUGAGUGUGAAGCCCCUGGAGAUGCGGCAUCGCCUGGAGGGGAAACGCCGGGAGCUGCAGGAGCGCUGCCGGGGGGAGCUGUGGGGCGAGGAUCCCCAGAAACAGGCUGCCCUGGAGGAGCUGAAGCAGGGGCUGGACGAGCAGACGACCCAGUUCCUGUCAACCUACGGGCAGCGCUUUAAAAAGAAGUCCAUAUUGAAGGCCGUGUGCAUCGUGGGGGGCGGCCUGGCUGUUGCGGGCGCAGCUGCCGGGGUGGCUGCCGGUGCGCUGGCUGUGGGGGAAGUAGUGGCCAUCGCGGUCGGGGCGGGGGGCGGUGGCCUGAUUGCGGGAGGUGUGGGGGCCUGGUUCGAACAGAAGUUCGGCCGGAACAAGAGAGGCAGCAACACUGCAGGGCAGCAGGACGGGAGGGCGGGGCAGGGAGCUCAGAUCAGGAAGCCCUGCUGCCGGGGGGGGACCUAGUGGGAAGGAGCCAUCACACCCCACCCUGAGCAAGACUCUGUCCCAGCCAUCAGCACUGGGAACCUCUGUAUGCAAGGAGAUAGAUAGAUAGAUAGAUAGAUAGAUAGAUAGAGGGGGUGUAUGGGGAUAGAUAGAUAGAUUUAUGGAAUCAGACAGAAAGAACUUACACCAGGUAGCCAGAUAUCAAAAGGACACAGAGAUCGAUUGAUUUACAGAGGGGUCACGGAGAUCAGAAUCCUGCCCUGACCCCAUCGAUGUCAGUCGAUAAAUAACCCUGCCCUGAAUCCCGUGCUCUGAGCUGGCCCCUCCAUCCCUCAGUCACAAGUUUCAUUGGUUUUUAUUUUCAACAUGUGUGAGUAAAAUUGAUUCUCAUAUUUUGCA